AUGGUCGUUUUUAGUCUUUGGGUAAUCAAUAAAGCAGGAGGGCUCGUGUACCAACGCAAUUUCGCAGAUGGACUUGCACCCCUUACCUCUAAUGAAUACUUAGUUCUUGCUGGAACUCUUCACGGUAUUCACGCUAUCACGAGUCGUCUAUCCCCUAUGGGCUCAAGCUCAGGUGUCCAAGUAAUUGAAGCAGAGACGUUCAAGUUGAACGUUCUAUUGACAGUGACCGGAACCAAAUUUGUAUUGCUAACUUCACUGGCGGAUACUAAUGCGGAUUCUAUAUUGCAAAAAGUCUAUGACAUCUAUGCAGAUGCAGUGAUGAAGAACCCGUUCCAUACCCCGGAAAUGCCAAUCAGAAGUGAAGGAUUCGACACUCGAAUUGGAUUGCUCAUUGGGACAGGGCAAACCUAA